UAUCUUACUGCGCAAAUUGAAAAUUGAUAAAUAUGAUAAAAAAAAAAAGGGGACAUCUCAAGCAAGCGUUCUUCAUCCCGAAAGGGCAAAGCGAAAGCGAAGCACUGUAACACUGGCAUUCACGGCUCAGAUUUGACGAUAACUGCAAGUCUCCAGUAAUUCUGGUCCAGAUAUCUAGAGAAGGUGAAGCAGAUUACAUAACAUAGUUGCAGCGAGAUAAUGGAAGGGAAUAAUUUCGAUGGAACUGGCAACUUACUGGUGGAGUUUCAAGGUGAACUGGAGAGAACACAAUACUCUGAUUCUUCGGAGGUGUCGCUGGUUCCUUGGACAGGCAGUAUGGAUGGGCCUUUCAUGAUGCCCCUUUUACCAGUUCCAAAUUCCGAACUGUUCAAUCCGAAGGCUUUCAUUGUCUUGACUGGAACAGCUAGAAUGGGGGGAAGUGGACCAGCUGUUGGAGCUGUGGAUAUUGGCGCGAGCAAAUCUGCAUAUUUUUUCCGAGUUGCCCUCCCUGGGGUCAGGAAGGAUCCUGCAGGUCAGUUCAGCUGUGAGAUUGAACGCGAUGGGAAGGUCCAUAUACGAGGUGUGACAUCAACUGGGGAAAGAACUGUUGCGAGACAUUCUCGUGUCUAUGAAAUGAAAUUUCAGCAACAAUGUCCCCCGGGGCCCUUCACACUUUCUUUCAGGCUGCCGGGACCAGUUGAUCCAAGGCUUUUUUCACCCAGCUUCAGAUCGGAUGGCAUUCUUGAAGCUGUUGUCAUGAAAUACAAAUAACAUGCCAUGUCUGCUUUCACGGUUAAUCUUUAGUAGCUCCGAAGGACUGAAUCUAACAUGGGACCUGUUAGGCUGCCCGUACAUAGAAUGGAGCAUAGGACCCCGGAGGCUAGACUGGUUGGUUUGUGUAUGUAAACCCAUUUUUGUUUUAGCAUAAGGUGCAGAACAGUGUCGAAUUCUCUCUCU